CCUGUCCCUCUUCCUCGUCUUUCCUGACCUCACUUCGCACCCCUCUUCCCCCACCACCCUCGUUUCCAUUUGGUUUCCCUCUUUUCCUCUUCUCCAGGGUGGGCCCCCCUGCCGUAGUCCCCCCCAGACCAGGAAGCUCUUGAGGCUGAGGUUCCUGAAGUGAAGAUGGCAGAAGGGGUUGCAAAGGCGGGAGGGUGGGGUGGUGAUCUCUCUCCCUGGUGCCCCGGCUCCCUGGCCACUGGCCCGGGGUGGAAAAAGGCCUCUCUGAAUGGAGUCAGUGUGGAGACAGGAAAAGCAAACACCUCAGCCUGGGCUGUACUGGCCUGCUGGGGCGGGGGACAGGAUGGGGCAGGGGACUGGGCUCGUCUCAACCUCGCCCCGUCAACCCUCCCUUGGUUCCCGAGGGCCCAUGGCUUCCUGGACCCUCAGCCCACAGUGUCCAGAAAAGGAGUGGGUUUAGGGACUGGGGACAAGCCCUCCAGGAGACACCUUCGCCCCAAUCUUUCCCUGCCCCCCUGCCCAACCCCCAGCCAGUGCCCUUCCUGCCCAGCAGAUGCCAGGAAAAUCUGUGCCCGGGAAGGGCGGGCUAGCACCUGAGGGCCUGCCUGACCAGCCCUUCUCAGCAGCGGGAACUGGGUAGGCAAGUCACCUUGUGCCAGAGAUGGCCCCAGCAGUGCCAUCCACCUCCCGGGCCGAGGGGACCCCAAGAUGCUCUGCCCAGGUGAGUGCUCCUCUGGAACCACAGCCGGGCAGUGAGGGAGCGGGAGGCUUUGUCGGGGCUCCCUAUGCGUCCCCAGAAAUCUGUGACAUUUUCUGUCGGACUGUCUCACCCUCUGUCUGCGGUGCGUGUGGCACUUGUAGUUUGGUGAGAGGAACCAAAAGGAUGAUUAGAAGAGCUGGAGGUGAUAUGGGGAUGAAGGGAGACAGAAGGGGCUGGAGUCUGGGAGCGGGACUUCUAGAUUCCAAGCCAACCUUUUGCUUAAGACCUAUGGAAUCACAGAGGUUCCUGUGAUGGUCUCCUUUGAACACUUUGGAUCCUAAAAGACUUUUGGAAUGAGCUCAGAGAGGGGUAGCAACUCAUCCUGGGUGACACACCGAGUUGGUGGAACUGGAACUCAAACCCACCAGGCCCCCUUAUGACGCCAAGGGCAGUACUAUUUGUGCUCUGGGCGCUGUGCUCGGCCACCUUGCCUUCGCCCUCCACAUACAGUUUGGUCCCUCUGGCUUUCAGGGGCAGUUGGGGGAGGGCAGACUCUGGAUAGCACCUCCCAGGGCAUCCUUCCCUUUCUAUCCUCUCUCCAGGCACCAUGCCCAGGGCCAAGCAACCCCUGCCCAGGCAUCAGAGAAGCCACAAUCUCUUCUGAUGAGAAGGCAUGGUUUGGCCUCGACCUUACAGAUCCCAGAGAAUGUGGCCCCCUUAGGUCUCAGGGUCUAACUGUAGUCCCUUAUGCUGUAAUCAAAGCCCAACCACUCCUUGGAAAGCAAGGCCAACAGCUGACUGCCUGCUACAGGGUCCCCAAAGUGCCCACCUUGAGGUGCCCUGGCCAUGGCACCUUCCUGAAUAGAAACAGGCAGCCCUCACUGAGUCAGAUGCUGUUCUAAGGCCUUGCAUAUACUUCGCUGAAUGGUCUCCACACUCCUAAAAGGUGGGUUCAGUUUUACAGAUUGGAAAACUGAGGCACAGAAAGUAGAAGUAACUGUCCGUGGACCCACUGCCAGGAAAAGUCAGAGCUGGGAUUCGAACUCACAGCCUGGCUCCAGUGCCCUGAGCCCUUAAAUGUUCUCCUAUCCUGCCUCUAAUUCCUAGGAGGUCUCCACUAGAGGUCAUUGUGUCCAGUCCCCGCAUCUGGGUGUCUGCCCAGGCCAACCUCUGCUCACAGACAAGAAUCAUUCUAGUUUUUAAAGGCACCUGCUCCAAGGGUGGAGUUCCCCCUGGGGAUAAUCAGACAUUUAUUUAUUCAUAGCCUUCUGGCUGGGAGGACAGGCUUUCCCACCCAGGACUCAGCAGGGUCCAGCUGCCUCAUUUUCCCUCUCUCCUUCCCACUGCAGUAUAAUCUAUAAUCAGAAGAGAACCAGCCUUGCCUCAUGUCUCGGCUCCAUAACCUCCAAGCUGUGUGUCCCUGGACAAGUGACUCAACUUCUCUGAGCCUCAGUUAUCAACUGUAAACUAGGGUUAGUGGUACACCCGCUUUGUGCGGUUGGUGAGGAUUAAAUGAUAAAAGCGGAUGAAAAACUCUACUUUGAGGAAUCAUGUCUGUAGUUUGUUACUAGAAAAGUUUCUCUGAACGUGUAGAGCACCGGAAACCGCGAGGAGGAGGCACAGCAUUCUCUCCUGAGUGUGAAACCUGCUCUUGGUGUUGCUUCUGCAGCUGCCAUUUGCCGUUGAUAAUCGCUCUUCUCUUGGGAGAGUAAGAGGCAGAGGAUGCUGCCUGAGUGUUCGCCAUCGUUAAAAAAAAGAAAAAGAGAAAAAGAAAAAGUGGGGGGGGGUGGCUUAAGGCAGAAAGGGGUCAGUGAUCACAGUGCCUGGCACCUGUGAAGUGCCCAGAAUGAAGUGGUAAAUCCUCUCAUCAUCAUCAUCAUCAUCAUCGUCACUGAGACCCUUUUGCCCGCAGGAUCGGAGCCUCUUGCUUUCAGCCUUAUCGUUUAGCCUCCUCGUUACAGAGAGAGAAACUGAGGCCCAGAGUGGGGAAGGGCUUUCUCAGCAGGAAAGCUCUCAGGUCCCCUCAUUCCCUGUUGGAUCCCCUGUCUCUUCUCCUUCACUCCUUCCCACCUCGAGUCCUGCCCUGGCUUUCCGUGCCCAGGGUCGGGCCCUGGCUCCCAGUCCUGCCCAGGCAGUGCCCAGGAGAGAAGCGAGCAGCGGUUGGAAGAGUAGAUGCAGAGGCCCGGCGCGUUCUCAGCCCUGGCUCUUUGUCUGUCGCUUUGUGAUGGAGGGAGCCUACUGGGGCUCCUGAACCCCCAUCUGCCGAGCUGCACCAGGACCAGGAGCAGGGUGUGGGCUCCUGCUCUGGCCAGGAUCCUGGGCUCCCUUGGCCACAAAGCAGGACAGGGGCCCAGAGAGCCCCCAACCCAGGAGAUGUGAAGCUCGCAGCUGGUGACGCUGCUGCUGGCUCUGGUCCAGGGACCAUGUUUUGAGAACCACUGCUUUAGAAUUUCGGCGGGUUUGGCGCAAUAUUACCUUUGCAGAGUUCGCCAUAUUAUUAUAUGUGAAGGCAAAAAAAUGAGCGGCCGGAGCAGUGCCAGUGCUGGCGACGGAGGCGAGGACGAUGACGCGCGGGGGACGUCAGGCUCGGACCGCGGCGGGAUGACGUCUGCAGGUGUGCCACAGACCACAACGUGGACACCACCACAGAGAUGCUGCAGGAGUGGCUGGCUGCUGUGGGCGAUGACUAUGCUGCUGUGGUCUGGAGGCCUGAGGGGGAGCCCAGGUCCUACCCAGACGAAGAGGGCCCUAAGCACUGGACCAAAGAAAGGCACCAGUUUCUGAUGGAGCUGAAACAGGAAGCCCUGACCUUUGCCAGGGACUGGGGGGCUGACUAUAUCCUGUUUGCAGAUACGGACAACAUUCUGACCAACAACCAGACACUGCGGCUUCUGAUCGAGCAGGGGCUGCCCGUGGUGGCCCCGAUGCUGGACUCUCAGACCUACUACUCCAAUUUCUGGUGUGGGAUCACCCCUCAGGGCUACUACCGCCGCACAGCCGACUACUUCCCUACCAAGAACCGCCAGCGCCGGGGCUGCUUCCGUGUCCCCAUGGUCCACUCCACCUUCCUGGUAUCCCUGCGGGCGGAGGGGACAGAACAGCUGUGCUUCUACCCCCCUCACCCCAACUAUACCUGGCCCUUCGACGACAUCAUCGUCUUCGCCUACGCCUGUCAGGCUGCUGGGGUCUCGGCCCACGUGUGCAACGAGCACCGUUAUGGGUACAUGAACGUGCCUGUGAAAUCCCACCAGGGGCUGGAGGAUGAGAGAGUCAACUUCAUCCACCUGAUCUUGGAAGCGCUGGUGGAUGGGCCCCCCAUGUGGGCCUCAGCUCAUGUGUCCCGGCCCCCAAAGAGGCCCAGCAAGAUGGGGUUUGAUGAGGUAAGUCCUCCCGGCCUGCAGGAUUGGGGCCAGGAGGUGGGUGGGCUCUCCCCUCCCCCUGCACCCACUCCCCUGCCUCCCCUCCUCUUCCAGGUGUUUGUCAUCAGCCUGGCCCGCCGGCCCAACCGCCGAGAGCGCAUGCUGAGUUCGCUCUGGGAGAUGGAGAUCUCUGGGCGUUUGGUGGAUGCCGUGGAUGGCCGGACACUCAACAGCAGUGUCAUGAGGAGCCUCGGCGUGGACCUGCUUCCCGGCUACCAGGACCCUUACUCGGGCCGCACACUGACCAAGGGCGAGGUGGGCUGCUUCCUCAGCCACUACUCCAUCUGGGAGGAGGUGGUUGCCCGGGGCCUGGCCCAGGUCGUGGUGUUUGAGGACGACGUGCGUUUUGAAAGCAAUUUCAAGAUGCGGCUGGAGCGGCUGAUGAAGGAGGUGGAGGCGGAGAAACUUCCUUGGGACCUGAUCUACCUCGGCCGGAAGCAGGUGAACCCUGAGGAGGAGGCAGCCGUGGAGGGGCUGCCGCACCUGGUGGUAGCUGGCUACUCGUACUGGACACUGGCGUACGUCCUGAGCCUGGCUGGCGCCCGCAAGCUGCUAGCCUCCCAGCCCCUGCACCGAAUGCUGCCCGUGGAUGAGUUCCUGCCCAUCAUGUUUGACCAGCACCCCAAUGAGCAGUACAAGGCACACUUCUGGCCGCGGGACCUGCGGGCCUUCUCAGCCCGGCCCCUGCUCGCUGCUCCCACCCACUACGCGGGGGACGCUGAGUGGCUCAGCGACACAGAGACGUCCUCGCCCUGGGACGAUGACAGCGGCCGCCUCAUCAGCUGGAGUGGCUCUUAUAAGACCCUGCGGGACCCCCGCCUGGACCUGGCCGGCAGCAGUGGGCACAGCCUCCAUCCCCACCCCCAGGAUGAGCUCUAGGUCAGGCUGGUGACUCCAGAGAAGUACCAGGGAAUAGGCCAUUGCUGUCCAGGGAGCAGAGCAAGAGCCGCCACCAGGAACCAUAGACCCAGUAGAGACCUGGCUGCCACCUUGGGCAUGGCCACUCUGCCCUCUGGACUCGUCUUCCAUUGGGAGAAACCACUCAGAGACGGGUCCCCUUCCCCAAAGGUCACGUAGCACAAGGGCAGGGCUCGCAGGCCCUCUUACUUUGCCAGCCUGAUUCCGGGCCUGGGGUGGAGGGAAGAAGGGAGGGCCCCCAGCCUUCAGUUUCAAGCUGGGCGGACACAGGAGCCCUGCCCCCAGCUGAGGACCCAGCUGCUGGGGCCCCUCUGCCACCUUCUACCUCCACCUCAGUUCCCUAUCCAGCUUGACACAUGGGUCUCACCUGCCACCCUCUUCCCUGGCCAGUGGGAAGUGCAGGGAGCUGGGAGGAGGACCCAGCACACAGUAGGCCCUCAAUAAAAGCUGGCUGGUAUUGCACUUUAUACUUCUUAA